CGCGCACGCACACACACACACACACACAUGCACCUCCAGCGAGAGAGGGGGCGUUCCCUUCCUUUUUUCCCCUUUAUUCCUAGAAGGGAUGGCGAUGCUCGGCACCGUCGGAGUGUGCCCGCGAACGAGGCGGCAUGGGCCAUUUAAAAAGUCGCCGCAGCUCGCUGCCUGCGCGAGGGGAACGGGCGCACCAGAAGAAGGGCGUCAUCGUCUUUCCCCCAGGCAUCCGUAUUGGAAUUCCAGUCGCUGCUUCUUGCCACGAUUGUGCCCGUCGACGACACGUUGCAUUGGUCUGCCUCGGGCAAUCGGAUGCAGACUGCGACGCUGGCCGCCAAGUACGCCCAUUUGCCCCACGACAUUAUAUAUUUAUGCGAGAACACGGCCGCCUGCUGCCCGCCUCGAGUCCUAGGUGGCUCGUUCGCUGUGAGGCCUGCUGUCAUUGCACGUUGCUGUGUCGCGACGCCGCCACUGUCGCAGAGACACGGAACAACCGGCAUCUGCAUCUGAAACACUGAAAGUCGACGGGCGGUUGUUCGCGCCCAUGCGCUGGGCCAAUACAGAUUAUACGACACCCCCGCUCGACGACGUCGAGGCUCUGCAAACAUACUCUCUUUUUUGCGGACGACGACGCUCGACUGACCGCACAGGCUGUUGGUGUCGUGUGCCCGUUUGCCGCUUCGGACCUGGCGGUGGUGGUAGCCCGUACCCGAGUCGCGCCACAACCUACUAACCUGGCUCAGGGCAGCAAGUUCACAACGCGACUGCCUGCAAAUCAGACGAGGACGGGCGAGGGAAAUCGCCAGAUAGCAAGAGGGGGCAAAGACAUCAAAGUCCGAGAGCUCAAGGAGGAAAGGGCGCAUCAUGGGCCAAUCCUCGCUGUCGUCCGGAGCCUUCAUCGCCGCUGCCGAGUCGCACGUGGGCGACGGGCACGGACCAACAGCCGUCGUGGGACAAAGCAGAAGCCAUGACUAUGGCGAUCCCUUCGCCAGCAUACUUGCCGACGACGAGCUACCCCUGUCUUCGACGACAGAGCCAUUGGCCAUCGCAACACCGGGGGAGCUCGAGUCCCGGUUCGGCGGCCCUGCGUGGCUCAAGAAGAAGCGACGGCGGCCGCUACGGGCAGUGCUGCGGUGCCUGCGUCGCGCUCCGAGGUUGAGGCGGUCGCCGUGCGGCAUGGUACUUAUGGUGCUGGCCGCGGUUCUGGGCACAUUGGCCGCAUAUACGUGGAUGAGAGAACAAGGGUUCGAUGCGCCCUGGGUUCCCGACUCCGAGUCGCAGCGCUUUGCGCUCCAGCCUCUGCCGGCACCGCUCAACCAGACACUGAUAACCGACUACGAGCUGCCGCUGCGCACCAAGGGCCGGUAUAUUGUGGACGCCGCGGGCCGACGCUUCAGGCUCUCAUCGGUGAACUGGUACGGGGCCAGCGACGAGCUGUUUGUGGCGGGCGGGCUGGACGUGCGGCAUCGCGCCGAGAUUGCGCAGACGAUUAAGAAGCUGGGCUUCAACAGCGUGCGGCUGCCGUACGCGGACGAGAUGGUGCGGGCCAACCCGCGCAUCGACGCAGACCUGGUGGCGGCGAACCCGGACCUGGCGGGACAGCGGGCCAUGGACGUCUUCGAGGCGGUGGUGGAAGCGCUGACCUCAGCCGGGCUCGCCGUCAUCAUCAACAAUCACAUCACGAGCGCUACGUGGUGCUGCGGCGCCGAUCCCUGCGACGCGGGGUGGGCCAACGACCACCUCGGGCCGCUGUGCCGGGUGCGGCAGAGCGAAGACGAGUGGAUCGAGAACUGGGAGGACGUCAUGGCGCGCUUCGUGGACAACCGGCUCGUCAUCGGGGCGGACCUGCGGAACGAAGUGCGCGGGCUCUGGGGGACGAUGCCGUGGGCCAAGUGGGCGGCGGCGGCGGAGCGGUGCGGGAAUCGGCUGCUGGGCAUGAGGUCGGACUGGCUGAUGGUGGUCGAGGGCACCGAGUCAGCCAACGACGUAUCGGGGGCGAGGACGCGGCCGGUGCGGCUCGACGUGAGCGAGCGGCUCGUGUACUCGGCGCACGUGUACAAGUGGUCGGGAUGGGGGAGCGUCGACGGACGCUUCCAGCAGCGCACGUACACGUCGUUUGCGAGGGCCAUGGAGCGCAACUGGGGUUACCUGCUGUCGAGCCAGGUCGCGCCCGUCUGGGUGGGCGAGCUGGGGGCGCCGGGCCGGCCGUCGGUCGGCGACGCCCAUUACUGGCAGCACCUGUGGCGGUUCCUGGGCGAUGCCGACGCCGACUUUGGAUACUGGGCGCUCAACGCGAGGAAGCCGGCGGGCAACGCGACGGAGACGUACGGGCUCGUCGCCGACGACUGGGCGACGCCGGUGCUCGACUACCGGCUCAAGGACAUGCUGGAGCACAUGAGGAGGGCGUGAUGAGCCGACGGACGGACGUAGGAUUGCGCCGCGGACUGAGUUUGAAGCUAAAUUUGAUGUUGGUGAUGAUGAUGAUGGUGGUGAUGACGAUCAUGGUGGUGACGAUGGUGGAGCAGGG